AACAGUUAAGAAUCAUGGAGAGGCUCGCUGAGCAUGACUCCAUAAAAAGUCUCCCUUUGCCUAGAGUGGAAUCUGCCGAGGUUGUUCACACUGGACCCUACCAGAGCCAGAGAUGAUUCUCGCAGUAGCAGUAAUUCUGUUUUCAGGGGCGAGUUUUGGGGUACUUGUUGCAGCCCAGAGGGACGUGGAGUUCCCUAAAGAGAUAGUGGACACUGCUCCCUGCCUUCCUAGCCAUGGGAAUGCAUCUAUAACCAGGCUCAACUCAUCUGAGAACUACUACCAGGGAGGGCGGGGGAGAAGGUCCCGGCAAGCUGUCGAGGCUCUGGUGGACGGAAUGUAGACUAGUGUGGCAACUCAAAAAUUACCUGAAGGUUUUCAUUCUGUUUGCCAUGACGGAGUUUCUAGCUAAGUUAUAAACAAAGAAUUUGUUUGUGCUGUCUUUACUCAGACCUUAAUAAAGAGAAGCUCCUUUUUUAUUGCUUUGGCUCAUGUCCCAUGCAGGUACUCAGUACUCCAAGCAGAGGACAGGCCGGCCUUCUCUGAAGUAAGGACACAAGUGUAGAGGGUAUUCUGGAGAACAAGGCUGGCUACACUGACCUCAACAUGAACGCUGCUCUGGAGGCGGGGCUCCAGUCACCUGACUCCACCCACAAGUACCAGGGACUAUAUAGUGGCCACUCUCCACUCCCUGCAAAACUCACACUAUACUGAGCUGAGAGCUGAGGAGUAUUCGGAUGAAGAACUGACAGAGUCUGGAUACAUCAAUGCAUAGCACUAGACUGUAUUAUAAUGUGCACAAGUAAAUUCAUGUUCAGAAUUG